UUUCGAUUUCGUUUACUGAAAGCCCCUGGCUUUCGGGAAUGCAGAGCCACUAGGCACCGCGAGGACGACUCUAUCCAGCGCAUGUGGGGAUACCGUUCCUCCUCACCCGUCCCCGUCGCCGGCUCUUUUCGGCCUCAUCUCCUCGGCCGAUGACCGCAGCUCCCCGGCAUCGGCCACCAGAAGCCGGCAGGUACUCUGAGUAGGCUGUCAGGUUAAAGAAGAAAAUAUUUCCUGGAAACUUUUAAGUGGUCUUACAUCAUUUAAACUCUUCUGACAAUCUUCUCUACUUUUUGAGAUGCACAAAAGCAACAGAAUUGGGUGAGCCUACACUGAAGCAUAGGCUUGAAGUCCUAUUUGGUUCUGUUGAACACGUCCCACUGCAGUCAGCAGGUGAAUGUUCUACUGACGUGAUGGAAAAGCUUUUGCUUUUGCACAUGUUUCUAUUCUGCUGGCACUCCCUAAAUGCUUUAUUCACAGUUGAAGCUCCCAAAUCGCUGUAUACUGCGGAACUUGGCAGCAAUGUGACAAUGGAAUGUAUAUUUCCAGUGAAUGGAAAACUGAAGUUCAGGGAUUUAAGCAUCAUCUGGGAAAAAAAAGAUGAAGUUAGAAAGGAUGUUUAUGUACUCCUCAAAGGAAAGGAAGACUCUGGAAGUCAGCACAGUGAUUUUCAGGGACGGAUAAAGCUGUUGAAAGAGAAUCUGGAUUUUGGGCGGUCUCUCCUUCAGAUCAGCAACGUGAAGCUGAAAGAUGCGGGGCUUUACCAUUGCCUUGUUGAGUACGGGGGAGCUGACUACAAGACCAUCAAUCUGAAAGUUCAGGCUCCUUACAGAACUAUAACCCAAGAAGUGAUAAGCACGGGAGACAAAGAGUGGAAGUUAACUUGUCAAUCAGAAGGAUACCCAAAAGCUGAGGUGAUGUGGCAAAAUGGAGGGUGUCAGGAUUUGACUGAUAAGGCAAAUACAAGUUAUGAAACUGGAAGUGAUCAGCUGUAUCGUGUGACGAGUACUCUCACAAUCAAAAACAGAACUCAUGAAAAUUUUCGUUGCAUCUUCUGGAAUAAAGAGAUUCAAGAAAAUACAUCUGCGACUUUGUACAUACUAGAUUCAGCUGAUGACGUGCUGUGGACUGAGAGCAGGCACUUUUUUUGGCCAGUUUUCAUUGUGAGUGUCCUCGUUGGAUCAAUGUCAAUUACUGUCUGUAUAAGGAAAGCUAGAGCAAAUAAGGACUGGACUUGUCUGGCAAAAUCAUCAGUUCAUAUAGCAAGAGUGUCGAAAGAUAAGGACGUGCAUGACUGCAGAGGUUCUUCUUUUGAAGAUGAAGAGCUGAAAUACAUACAAAUUGAGAAGACUUAGAGAAAGAAGGGGAAGAUUUUCCAUUGGUGGGGAAGAUUUGACAGCCCUGAUGUUCUCUGCUCUGUCUGUCUGGGGAGAUACUCAUUUUUUGUUUUUAUUCUGUUGUUGAAAUCUUCUUACAUAUUACUGUAAAUUGGGAAAAGAUGCAAUUAUCAAAGCAUAAUAGGCCCCUAGAUUCUGGCCUCUUUAUACAACUAAGUACAGGCAGGUUUAUUUAAAUGUCCACAUUUAUGCUUUCUGACGUUUAUGCACUUUCAAGGACACAUCCUAUUGAAAAUGUAUUGAAGAUAAAGCACUUUAGGUCUAGGAUCAUAAAAAACUUCACAGCUCAUCCUUAAACAGUCCAUUUUCUGAACUUUCUUCCUGUUGAAACUCUCAGUUCACUGCAGUGAUUUUGUUUUCAAGAUUGUGAAGAAUUUUUUCAAUAUACAUAGAAGAUAAGAGUGCAACAAGAAAAGAUGUUAUAUAAUACAGGACAUUUUCUGUCUCUGUUGUAGACCUUAAAAUGCAGGCUACUUUCAGCUAUUUUUUUUUUAAUGGAUACUGUAACCCUCUUGAUGACUAUUAGAAAAUUCCUGGAAAUUAUUAUAUAAUGCUGAGCUUAUUCAUCUCUUUCUCUGAAAAAAGGUUGUUUUGAGGUUUUAAUUUCCUUGUGAUACAGCUGGCACUACUUGAUUAGUAAGUGAUUGUUAUUCUUCUGAUUUAAUAUUUGGGGAUAAUACAACUCUUUGGACCUUCAAGAAGUACACAUCUCAGUUUGGACUGCCCUUUUGUUCAUUUUGGAAACAGAAGAAGAACCUUCUCACUGCUAGGAUGUAAAAUAUAUGUUCUUGUUAUUACUUAAGAAAUGAUGAUGGAACAUGCUCCUAGAUAGCAUUUCUUAAUCUAUUGCUGUGUUACAUUUUGAAAGUUCAUUGCUCCUUGGUUGUUUUUGUCACACAGAUUAAAAUUAUUUAUCACAAUGCCAUUCAUAACUGUGUUUUUAAAUAAAAACAUCUUGGGUUUU